AUGAAGAUAAGGGCUUCCGCUCGUAAAAUUUGUGAAAAAUGUCGACUAAUACGUCGACGGGGACGAAUUCUAAUAAUUUGCUCCAACCCGAGACAUAAACAAAGACAAGGAUAA